AUGGCCUCAUCCUUAACCAAUUCCAUUUUUUUAGUGGUGUUGUGGAGUACCAUCCUUUUUUCCUUUGCUACAACCCUGUUAGCAGCAGUAUCUUCACUGGAAUCAGAAGCUGUGGCUUUGCUAGAGAGUGGCUGGUGGAGUAGCUAUAGCAACAAUAUUUCUCAACGUUGCAAGUGGCACGGCAUUUCAUGCAACAAUGCAGGAAACAUCACCAAAAUUAACCCAUCUGCUGACUUGAUUCCAGUUGGUGAUAGAUUUGGAAAAUUGAAUUUCUCUUCAUUGCCAAAUCUUGUCCUUCUUGAUCUUAGCGAUCGUAAACUUGGUGGAAAUAUCCCGCCUCAGAUAGGUGAUCUAUCCGCAUUGAAGUACCUGAACUUGUCCUCCUGUGAGUUAUCUGGUGAGUUACCUUCUUCCCUAGGAAACUUAACCCAACUAGAGUUUCUUGACAUUUCCUAUAAUGAUAACAUUAAUGGUUCCAUCCCUCCACAACUAGGGAAUUUGAAAAACCUUGUUAGUUUAAAUUUGAGUUGGAAUCAGUUUGCUGGUCUAAUCCCUUCUGGUUUGGGUCAAUUAACCAAUCUCAAGUCUCUGAUUCUUGCGGGCAAUAUGCUUGUUGGUUCAAUACCUUUUACUCUGCAUCAAUUAACCAAUUUGGCAACUCUGAUCCUUGAUUCUAACAAACUUGAAGGUUCCAUACCUCCAAAUAUUGAAAAGCUAAAGAACCUCCGUAUUUUCGCCAUCUAUAAUAAUAGAUUCACAGGUUCGAUUCCUCCAGCUCUGUGCCAUUUGACAAACUUGCUCAUACUUUCCCUUGGAAAAAAUCAAAUCAGUAGUUCAAUCCCUUCUUGUAUCGGUAAUUUAUCAAAAUUGCAAACACUGGGCCUUCUUUCAAAUCUUUUAGAAGGUCCUAUACCAAAAGAAAUUGGGAAUUUAGAAGCACUAAAUAUAUUAGACAUCUCUAAAAACAAAUUGAGUGAUUCCAUACCUUCACAAAUUGGGAAUUGCGUAAAUUUGUGGCGAUUGGACCUAAGCAACAAUAAUUUAGAGGGAUACAUCCCUCCUCAAAUUGGGAGUUGCUUAAGUUUAUCCUAUUUGGACCUAAGCAGCAAUCAUUUAGAGGGGUACAUCCCUCCUCAGAUCGGCAAGUUUUCAAAUCUACAAUAUUUAAAUCUCAGCUACAACAAUCUCUCAGGCAACAAGGAUUUAUCACCCUACCUCUGUGAUUCACCAACCACUCCUUACUUCACGAAAAUAUUCCUCCCUAUUGCCAUAUUCUCUACUUUUUCUAUUCUAGGGUGUUUGCUUUUGUGGCGGUUCAAGGCCAAAAAGAACCAAUCUGGUUCACAAACAACAAAAAAUGGGGAUUUGUGGUCAAUAUGGAACUUUGAUGGAAAGAUAGCAUAUGAAGACAUUAUUGCAGCAACAAAAGAUUUUGAUAUUCGAUACUGCAUUGGAACUGGGGGUUAUGGAAGUGUUUACAAAGCACAACUACCUUGUGGUAAAACAAUUGCUUUAAAAAAACUUCAUCGCCUUGAAGCUGAGGAUCCGGGUUUCGACAAGAGUUUCAGGAAUGAGGUGAAAAUUUUGUCUGAAAUUCGACAUCGAAAUAUUGUGAAGCUUCAUGGAUAUUGUCUACACCGGCGGUGCAUGUUUCUGAUAUAUGAAUACAUGGAAAGAGGAAGCUUGUUCUGGGUCCUAAGUAAUGAUGAUGAAGCAGUAGAGUUGAAUUGGAUAAAAAGAGUUAAGAUCAUCAAAUCCUUUGCUCAUGCCUUGUCUUACUUGCAUCAUGAUUGCACCCCUCCAAUUGUUCAUCGAGACAUUUCAAGUAACAAUAUUCUGCUAAACUCAAGCUUGGAGGCUUUUAUCGCUGAUUUUGGAACCGCUAGAAUGCUACAUCUUGAUUCAUCUAAUCUGACUGUUCUUGCUGGUACAUGUGGCUAUAUAGCCCCAGAAGUUGCCUACACAAUAGUUGUGACUGAAAAAUGUGAUGUGUAUAGCUUUGGAAUUUUGGCAUUGGAAAUAUUAAUGGGAAAGCAUCCUGGAGAUCUCUUGUCAUCACCAUCUUCUUUGCAAAAUGCCAAGCUAAUUGAUGUGUUAGACAAACGUCUACCACCCCCAACAAGCCAACUGGUUGCACAGAAUAUUGUUCAGGCCGCUACACUGGCAUUGGCAUGCUUAAAUCCGCAACCAAAGUCCCGACCAAUGAUGGAAGAAGUGUCCAAAGAGUUUGUUUCUUCCCCAAAAUCCUUGGAGAUUCCUCUCCGAAUGAUUACUUUAUCACAACUUGUGAACCAUGAAAUGCAUAUUGGAGGCAGGAAAGAAACUUGUCAUGUUUAAUUAAAGCUGCUUAUUAACUAAUUUCAUUUGUAAUUCAUUGUGACACAACACAAGAAUGUGCCUCAAAGAGAGAUAGCUGGUUCCAUGGGAAAUAAUUAGAAACCAGCAAUUGGCUUGCUCUUUCUGUUUCCCAUGCUUGAAUUUAUUUUGUUCAAAAUUACUGGUUGUUAUAUUCUAUGACAUAAAUCUACUUAAUGCAGGUCUCAGGUCUUAAAGAUAGAUUUUCUAUAAUUACGGUUGUUAUUUGAUAUUAUCUAAU